AUGGAUCCAUCUGCAUUUUCAAAUGAAUUUAUUGGUUAUGAACCAUCUAAUUUAAUUUCAAAUUAUUUAUCUAAAGGAAAAUAUAAUAAAAAAACAAAUUUAAAAUUUCUUGAAAAUGAUCAAAAUGAAUUAGAUAAAAAAUCAUUUUUAUUAUUUAUAGAAAAUUUAUCAUUAUUUAGUUGUUAUUAUGGAAUAUUACCAGAUCAAUUAACAGAAAUAUAUUUAUUAACAUAUUAUUUGAUUUUUUUUAUAUAA